UCAGGUGAAUCGAGGCUUCCAUCACUUUGUGUGACGUCACUGAGGAGCCAUCACACAUGUUUUUAGCCGCAAAUGAUCUGACGUUUCCAUGUUAAUCUUUUCCUCGUAUCUAAAAAACUACAGUGAGCAGAAAAACGAUCGCGUCUUCAAUCUGUAGCAGCUGAUCUGUCAGCUGACGACCAGCUGAUCUCUCCUUUAAUUGAACAGAAGCCAUUUUCUGCUCGGCUGGAGACAGGAAGUCCCCUGAGAGCGGCGCGUGUGCGUGAGCGCGUGAGAUAAAAGCUAAUCAUGCCGUGAGAGCAUCUCCCACGCGAGGCGCGUGAACACAGGUGUGUGCGCGCGGUUAUCUCCACUGAGACCAAAUGAGUUUUUCCCGCCUCAUUAGUCACAUCGCCGCGCGGGCCUCAGUGCAGGAAAAGCUGCGGGUCAGAGGAGACCGUCUGCGUCCAGCUCCUUCCCCGACACCAAAGAGCAGUUCUCCGACCUGCCCUUCAAGAACGGGAGCGUGUCUGGCGCCAUGGAGCUGAAGCGCCGCGUCAGCGCCCACUGCCACAGGUCCAAACCCCAGCACGGCGAGCAGAGCGGCGACAAGCUGCUGGCCCGGAGGAAGCUCUUCAUCGCCUCGGGAGUCUGCCUCGUCUUCAUGAUCGGAGAGGUCAUAGGAGGAUACCUGGCUCACAGCCUGGCCAUCAUGACUGACGCCGCUCACCUGCUGACAGACUUUGGCAGCAUGAUGGUGAGCCUCUUCUCCCUGUGGAUCUCCUCCAGACCGCCCACCAAAACCAUGAACUUUGGUUGGCACAGAUCAGAGAUCCUCGGAGCCUUCAUCUCCGUCAUGUCCAUCUGGGUGGUCACAGGAGCUCUGGUGUAUUUAGCCAUCGAGCGGAUCGUCCGGAACGACUACGAGAUCGAGGGUCAUGUGAUGCUGGCCACGUCGGGCUGUGCCGUCAUCGUCAACAUCAUCAUGGCCUACAUCCUCCACCACUCCACCACGCUCCACCCCCACGGCAGCGGCUACCACCAGAUCGACGAGGACGGCCAGAGCCCCGUCAACCACGGCCACGCCCACAUGCUGCUGGGCGGCCACAGCAACACCAGCGUGCGGGCGGCUUUCAUCCACGUGAUCGGAGACCUCCUGCAGAGCAUCGGCGUGAUGGUGGCCGCCAUCAUCAUCUACGUCCGGCCUGAAUACAAAGUGGCCGAUCCGAUCUGCACCUUCCUGUUCUCCGUCUUUGUGCUCUGCACCACCGUCACCAUCCUCAGAGACGUCUUCCGGAUCCUCAUGGAAGGGUCUCCCAAGGGCAUCGAUUUCAUCUCGGUGAAGGAGGUGCUGCUGUCCGUGAAGGCGGUGAAGUCCAUGCACUGUCUGCACCUGUGGGCUCUGACUCUGGGACAGACGCUGGUGUCUGUGCACCUGGCCAUAGAGGAGGAGGCGGACCCCCAGUCCGUCCUGCAGGAGGCCACGGACCUGCUGCACGCCAAGUUUGGCUUCCACAGCAUCACCAUCCAGGUGGAGCUCUACACCGAGGACAUGAGCCACUGCUCCCACUGCCAGGACCCCAGCGACUGACCGCCGCCGGACUCCCGCCGGACGCUCCUCCGUCUCACUGCAGCCUCCUGAAGGAGCAGGAACAUCUUCUUGUGUUUGCACGCCGCGGCGAGUCAUCCAAGUCAUCCAUGUGGUCGUGCCGCGACGCUCCAGAAAAGUCUGACGUUUUUCCAGAAUCUGCUGGUGCAUUUACAAGUAAUCAGAUUACAACCAUCUCAGUCAUUUGGAGACAUCUUCAGGAAGCUUCAAUCUGGAUGACAGGAGGAGGAGGUGUUAACAGCUGCUGGGAGGGAGGAGGAGCAUCCAUCCUGGUUCCAGUUCAUUUCAGGCAGGAGAGCUCCUCCAUCACUCCGAGGGAGGAGCAUUAACCUGAGCCUGAACUUCGUCUUUUCCUGACGUGGAAAGAGUCACUUUAGACGGAUGUCUCCAGGAUCUCCUGCAGGAUUCCUGACCAUCAGGACAACUGAAGAUCAGGAAUCCUGAAGAAACAGGAACCUCUCUGAGCUUCCUCCAAAUCCUUCACCGUUGAUGAAAUCAGAGUCGGCGUGGAGCUCAGAGGAGCAGCACCACAUGGAUGACUUGGAAGCCUCGACUCAAACUCUUCCACGUUCUUCAUGGUUUUGAGGAAGUUCUAUUAUACAAACCGACACAGCCAUGAAACUCACUGAGCAGAUGAAGAUUACAGACCGGUCACGUUUAUGCAACGACUGAAUAGUUUUGAACUCAGAAUCAGAGAGAAAAAGCUGCUGAGAACGAAGAAGAAGAAGAUAGAAAGAAUCGAAGUUUUCUUCAUCCUGAAUUCAAAAGCAGACAGACGCUCGCGAUCAACAGUCAAAAAUAGUAAAAAUAUGAAUUCCAAAUAUAAUGAAUCCAUCAAAUAUUAAAUAAAAACGGUAUUAAAAAAGUUUACGUUACAUUCAGAGAUAAAACAGAAGAUCUGAAUGAGAAAAAAGCCAAAAACCUUGAGAUUUGGACUGAAGCACUUUCUGAAAGAUGGAAACUAAACGGGAAAUCUUCAGACUCAAAAUGACAAACUGAAGGAAACGUACGAGCAGACAGACGAGGAAACGUUUUGUUUAAUGAAGGUUGACCUAAACUCCGCUGGAGGCGGAGCCUGUUACAGAGAAUACAGACAGACUGAUGCUGCAGUGAGAAACUGGAUCCACCUGAAGAAAGGGUCGCUCAGGUCACCGUUCGCCCUCGCCACAUCCAUCCACAUCCAUCCACAUCCAUCUACAUCCAUCUACAUCCAUCUACAUCCAUCUACAUCCAUCUUCAUCCAUCUACAUCCAUCCACAUCCAUCUACAUCCAUCUACAUACAUCCAUCCACAUCCAUCUACAUCCAUCUACAUCCAUCUACAUCCAUCCACAUCCAUCCACAGAGAUUUCUCUUUUUCCAACCAAAAGAAUCCAAAACAAAUCUAAUUAAACCUUUGAAAUGACGACACUUUUAUUUAUGUGUAUAACUAGAUCUAAGGUCAGCAGCAUUUAUUAGAAAAAAAAACUAAAGAAUUCUCAGCUGCUUAACUGUAACUAAUAAAUAAAAAAUACAUCAUUGGUCAUUAAAAUAAAAAUAAUUCAUUUAAAAAUGGUUUGCAAAACAUAAAUAGUUAAAACAAUAAUGACACACUUAAAAUGCGUUUAGAGGUCUGCUGCUUUUCUGACUCGACUUCCUGCAGCAGGACUUCAAAUACUCUGACAAGACAAACCAGAACAAAGACGUUUAAAUGUAUUUAGGUAACAGAAUUACAACAAAACUCCAUGAGUUUGACUUCUGACCCCAAACCUUCGACUGUUCCUUCAUUUAUGGAGAGAAAACAGACUCAGAUUUGUGUUUGUGUGAUUCUUGAUCUGUAACUCAUACAAAAUACUUUGUGUACAAGUACAAAAAAUACAAAAUACAAUUUACACAUGCGCAACUUCAACAAGAUUCGUCCGCGAGUGAUGCGUUUAAAUGCUGCUAGAAUGCUGGGUCAUCAGAGUUUUCUCUGCAGCUCCUCCCCUUCAGAGCUCUUCGGUGAGUCCUGAGGUCCUCGAUCAGCCCUACGACCCGCCCGGUCGGGGGGUGAAAGGCGGAGCGGACACUUCGACCGCCUGCUUGUCCCAGAGAGCCGGUCUGAUCGACUCAUCGCUCCUGGCGGCAGAACGCCCCUCCCCCUACAGCAGGAUCAGACGGCGCCAGCUCCUUCUGCACAGCCAGGGAGCGGAUGGAGAAUCAACUCUGUCCGCUCUCUGGGUGAGGAGGAUGACCUCACACCGCAAGAGUCCCGCGGGGAAGGACUAGUGUUUUAAAAACAUUUAUUUAGACUUUUUACAUUAAUUAUUGAGUAUAUCUGUUUAAAAGAGUAGGAACAUGUCAAGUUUUCAUCAAAUAUUAUUUACAAUCGAAGUUCAAAGCAGCUGAUGAGAAAACUCUGAUGACCGAGCAUUCUAGCAGCACUUAAACGCAUCACUUACGCACAUCUUGGAGACGUGGAAAGAGUCACAUCAGAUUAGUGCAUAAAUGUGGUUUUGUGUGUAUGAUAUUUUUAAAGAUUUGUGCGUGUAGUUAUACUCAAGCUGUUGUCAUUUAAAUUUGUGAGUAAAUUGUAUUUUUUUGAAUUUCAUAAUUUUUGUACGUAUGCACAAAAUGCAUUGUAUGAGUUACAAAUCAAAAGUUACGCACAAAUCCAGAGCUUCGUAUAAAUCGUCGUGAGUCUAUUUUCUCUCCACACGUUUCUGCUGCUCUGUAAAGUUUGUCCUGAUGUGAGUGAAGAAGCUCCACUUUCACAUCCCAGGAGUUUGUUCCAUUUUUUGUUCUACCAACAUAAAUAUAUCAAAUAAAUGUCCAGAGGAAGAUUCAGUUUAAGCUCCAGAAAGACUGAGAUAGGAUCCUCCUCCUCCCUCAUCAUCAUCAUCAUCAUCAUCAUCAUCAUCCCCAUCAUGAAGCUGCAGUCCAGACGACUGAACACAAAUCUGCUCUGAAAAAAGCACAAAGUAAAAAUCAAUCUGAAGAAAGUUGGUCUUUUCUAUUCGAUUAAAACAAACAGAUUUGGACCAACAUUCUGGUGGCGUUCCAGACAGACGUCCGCAUCGAUCCGCUCCUGGAAGCCAUUCUAAGACGCCAACGGUCAGAUGUUGGCGUGCACGGCGGGCGCCGCCCUCCUCUCCGAUGCAGCUGCUUGCAUGGUUGUUUGUUGUUCGCAUCGUCCGCCAGAACAUUGUGUGAUUUCCUGUUCAACUGCCAAUCAGAACGCGUCCAAACGCCGGUCCGUCUAAAUUCUAUAUUUGAACCAGUUUUUUAAAUAUUUCUAUACGUUUGCUUUUUAAGAGUUCAACCUAGUGAAUGUCACCAUUCGUGUUUCUGCUUCGUGGAUGUUUCUUCCUGUCUGAGAAUGCUUCUGUGCUGUUCGUGACAAAUCCACACUGUGUGCCUGUUGUAAAUAUGCCAAACUAAAGCCUGUUUUCUGUGUAAAUACUUUGAUUUUCUUGUUCCUCGUGACCCCGACGUGUCCAAGUGUUGGUCAAACACAUGAACCCACCUGUGCAAAGUUUGAUAUUUCAUUUUUAUGUGGCAGAAGCUUUUGUACGGUGAAAUAAAAGAGGUUUGGAGCCGGA